GAUAAACUCUGAGCUUCAUGUGCACCAGCAAAGUGUAGAAGAAGAUCCUUUGGUCCACUGAAACCAACAAUAUGUUUGUUGUUUGAUAAAGAAAACCUUUGUUUAGCCUCAGGAUGGUCAGUCUAUGGUUCCAUCCUAUCACCAACAAACUGCACCAAGAGUUUUCACACAAACACUCCAAUAAAAUUAAGCUCAGAAAGAUUCAAUCCUGGAUCCUGUACACUCUGUCCUUUACACAAUGGAAAGCCUCUCCUCCAAACACAUGCUCAUGUUUUGUAGUUGACGAGGCGAGGCGCUGCUCACGUGCAUUUUUCUAUACUGUUAAUCCUAGCCUCUGGAUAGGCAAAGGCAAUUUCACUUUUUCUGUCCCCAAAUGGCUCCAACAGUAAUGCAGAGGGCUGUUUGGGCCUGAGCGGUAUGUAUAUAUACUCUUUAACGGACGGUUGUGUCUGUAAAGGCCAGAUUGGAUAUCGGUACCAGUCCGUAGCCAGAAGGCCGUCGCUGACAUUACUGUUUAUCAUAUUCCAUUUGUAAAGCAGGGAGAGGCCUGCUUAUGAAACAUAAUGCAGAAAGGAGGAAAAAGAGGAAAAUAUAGCAAGAAUAAAGAAGGAAAGUCAGUCAGUUCUAAUCUCUAUGUGGGACUGUUUGGGAAUUAGUCUCUGAGUUCCACCAAAGUUUACUUCAGGAUGUUAAUAAUUACCUGCUAGCAGAAACUUAACGAUUAAAAAUACGUUAACUGAUGAGGAAAAGAUGGAGGAAAUGAAUGUCAGAAGACGUGUUAUACUUAUGUUAUUACCUGGCUGCACCAGAAGAUCUGUCCUCUUAUUGUUUAGCAGUAUUAAAUACUGCAGUUUGUUUUUCUGAGUUUUAUUCUGCAGCGACCCCUAGAGGCAGUCAUUAAAACUACCAGCAGUUCCAGAGAGCACUGUGGGAGUUUAGCGAGCGUUGGGCACCAUGACAGAGACUUCUGGGGCCGUUAAUGACUUCUGGACAGGACUCAGAUCCAGCUGUAGUUUAAUAGGACAGUAUUUGUACAAUGCAGUGGUGUGUUUUAAUCAGGCUGCUGAUUCAGUUAGAACUGAUUUUAUCUGGACCAGAACUUCAUCAGUCAUUGAGUUAAACGUUUGAUAUUUUAUCUGGUUAGCUGAUUUCACUCCUGUGAAAUACAAAAACAACCUGAAGUAAAUGUAAAACCUUUUUGGUAAAAUUGGAGAAGUUUUCUUCCUCCUGAUAAUUCUUUAAAAUGUGCAUAAAAAUAAGUUAUGGAACUUCUGUGUUGGUGUUAAAUAAAAUGAUGUCUCAUCUUUACUGCCAUUUACAUAAACAGAUUAAAAUACUUACAGAUGCUGCAAACUUUCAUCUUUAGUAAAGAUUUUACCAAUGCUCAUUUUAUUUCUUUUAUGAGGACAAACUGUUCUGUAUUAAUUUCCGUAAAUAUAAAUAUGUUAUUCUAAAGAUAAUUAGCUGUUUUAUUGGAUCAAACCAUGUCAUUUUAACUGGUCUACGGUUUGUCAGGCUCUAAAUUAAACCCUGGAGUUGUCUUUUGAUGCUACAGGUGACAUAACGUCUCUUGUGUGUGUUUCAACCUGUUUUCAGCAGUUUGCAGACAGAGCCAGAGUUCAGUUGUUUCAGGAAAUAUAUAGUUAUUAAAAUAUAGUCAUUUGUCCUGUUGGGUUUUACAUUCUGUUAGUAACUUCCAGACUUUUUACGUUUUAGUUUGAAGCUUCAUUCUUAUUAAAACCAGUGAUAACAUCAGGACGAACACUAAUAUUUAUUAAUCUUAUUAAUAGGAGUUCUUUCUGCUCUCUUGCAGCAGUAUAACCACUGAUCCUCAGUCUUCAGUAUUCUUAUUUAAACCAGGGGUAAAUAGGAGUUGUCUCUGCUGUCCUCAGUCUUUAUCAGUCUCUGGUGUUUUAUCGUCGUCUCUCUGAGGUGUGUUUUCUCCCUGUAGGCGUUCCCCAGGGCCUCCACACACACAGAGUGCAUUAGGGUUGCUGUCAUUUACAAUCCGGCCCAUUGUCCCGGCCACACAAUAGCUACAAACAAACAAUUGACAUGGAAAUGGAGAGAUGUAGCUCAUUAGCGGGCGCUGCUUGUUUUGUUAAUGGAUAAAUGGCUUCAAUAGGCCAGCCCUAAAACCUGCCUCAAUAUGGAGAAGGCUGAUUAACAGCAAACCACAGGGAGGAGAAACGCAGCUCCUUCUCCCCUGGGUGGAGGAGGAGGUGUGUUAGGAGGAGGUUUAUAGAGGAGGUGUGUUAGGAGGAGGUUUAUAGAGGAGGUGUGUUAGGAGGAGGUUUAUAGAGGAGGUGUGUUAGGAGGAGGUCUAUAGAGGAGGUGUGUGUUAGGAGGAGGUUUAUAGAGGAGGUGUGUUAGGAGGAGGUCUAUAGAGGAGGUGUGUGUUAGGAGGAGGUCUAUAGAGGAGGUGUGUUAGGAGGAGGUUUAUAGAGGAGGUGUGUUAGGAGGAGGUCUAUAGAGGAGGUGUGUGUUAGGAGGAGGUUUAUAGAGGAGGUGUGUUAGGAGGAGGUCUAUAGAGGAGGUGUGUGUUAGGAGGAGGUCUAUAGAGGAGGUGUGUGUUAGGAGGAGGUCUAUAGAGGAGGUGUGUUAGGAGGAGGUUUAUAGAGGAGGUGUGUGUUAAGAGGAGGUCUAUAGAGGAGGUGUGUGUUAGGAGGAGGUCUAUAGAGGAGGUGUGUGUUAGGAGGAGGUCUAUAGAGGAGGUGUGUUAGGAGGAGGUUUAUAGAGGAGGUGUGUUAGGAGGAGGUCUAUAGAGGAGGUGUGUGUUAGGAGGAGGUUUAUAGAGGAGGUGUGUUAGGAGGAGGUCUAUAGAGGAGGUGUGUGUUAGGAGGAGGUCUAUAGAGGAGGUGUGUGUUAGGAGGAGGUCUAUAGAGGAGGUGUGUUAGGAGGAGGUUUAUAGAGGAGGUGUGUGUUAAGAGGAGGUCUAUAGAGGAGGUGUGUGUUAGGAGGAGGUCUAUAGAGGAGGUGUGUGUUAGGAGGAGGUCUAUAGAGGAGGUGUGUUAGGAGGAGGUUUAUAGAGGAGGUGUGUUAGGAGGAGGUCUAUAGAGGAGGUGUGUGUUAGGAGGAGGUUUAUAGAGGAGGUGUGUUAGGAGGAGGUCUAUAGAGGAGGUGUGUGUUAGGAGGAGGUCUAUAGAGGAGGUGUGUGUUAGGAGGAGGUCUAUAGAGGAGGUGUGUUAGGAGGAGGUUUAUAGAGGAGGUGUGUGUUAGGAGGAGGUCUAUAGAGGAGGUGUGUGUUAGGAGGAGGUUUAUAGAGGAGGUGUGUGUUAGGAGGAGGUUUAUAGAGGAGGUGUGUUAGGAGGAGGUUUAUAGAGGAGGUGUGUUAGGAGGAGGUCGAUGGAGGAGGUGUGUGUUAGGAGGAGGUUUAUAGAGGAGGUGUGUGUUAGGAGGAGGUUUAUAGAGGAGGUGUGUGUUAGGAGGAGGUCUAUAGAGGAGGUGUGUGUUAGGAGGAGGUUUAUAGAGGAGGUGUGUGUUAGGAGGAGGUUUAUAGAGGAGGUGUGUUAGGAGGAGGUUUAUAGAGGAGGUGUGUUAGGAGGAGGUCGAUGGAGGAGGUGUGUGUUAGGAGGAGGUUUAUAGAGGAGGUGUGUGUUAGGAGGAGGUUUAUAGAGGAGGUGUGUGUUAGGAGGAGGUCUAUAGAGGAGGUGUGUGUUAGGAGGAGGUUUAUAGAGGAGGUGUGUUAGGAGGAGGUUUAUAGAGGAGGUGUGUGUUAGGAGGAGGUCUAUAGAGGAGGUGUGUGUUAGGAGGAGGUUUAUAGAGGAGGUGUGUUAGGAGGAGGUUUAUAGAGGAGGUGUGUUAGGAGGAGGUCGAUGGAGGAGGUGUGUGUUAGGAGGAGGUUUAUAGAGGAGGUGUGUGUUAGGAGGAGGUUUAUAGAGGAGGUGUGUGUUAGGAGGAGGUUUAUAGAGGAGGUGUGUGUUAGGAGGAGGUCUAUAGAGGAGGUGUGUGUUAGGAGGAGGUUUAUAGAGGAGGUGUGUGUUAGGAGGAGGUCUAUAGAGGAGGUGUGUGUUAGGAGGAGGUUUAUAGAGGAGGUGUGUGUUAGGAGGAGGUUUAUAGAGGAGGUGUGUUAGGAGGAGGUCUAUAGAGGAGGUGUGUGUUAGGAGGAGGUUUAUAGAGGAGGUGUGUGUUAGGAGGAGGUUUAUAGAGGAGGUGUGUGUUAGGAGGAGGUUUAUAGAGGAGGUGUGUGUUAGGAGGAGGUCUAUAGAGGAGGUGUGUGUUAGGAGGAGGUUUAUAGAGGAGGUGUGUGUUAGGAGGAGGUUUAUAGAGGAGGUGUGUGUUAGGAGGAGGUUUAUAGAGGAGGUGUGUGUUAGGAGGAGGUCGAUGGAGGAGGUGUGUGUUAGGAGGAGAUUUAUAGAGGAGGUGUGUGUUAGGAGGAGGUUUAUAGAGGAGGUGUGUGUUAGGAGGAGGUCGAUGGAGGAGGUGUGUGUUAGGAGGAGGUUUAUAGAGGAGGUGUGUGUUAGGAGGAGGUUUAUAGAGGAGGUGUGUGUUAGGAGGAGAUUUAUAGAGGAGGUGUGUGUUAGGAGGAGGUUUAUAGAGGAGGUGUGUGUUAGGAGGAGGUCGAUGGAGGAGGUGUGUGUUAGGAGGAGGUUUAUAGAGGAGGUGUGUGUUAGGAGGAGGUUUAUAGAGGAGGUGUGUGUUAGGAGGAGGUUUAUAGAGGAGGUGUGUGUUAGGAGGAGGUUUAUAGAGGAGGUGUGUGUUAGGAGGAGGUCUAUAGAGGAGGUGUGUGUUAGGAGGAGGUCUAUAGAGGAGGUGUGUGUUAGGAGGAGGUUUAUAGAGGAGGUGUGUUAGCAGGAGGUCUAUAGAGGAGGUGUGUGUUAGGAGGAGGUCGAUGGAGGAGGUGUGUGUUAGGAGGAGGUCGAUGGAGGAGGUGUGUGUUAGGAGGAGGUUUAUAGAGGAGGUGUGUGUUAGGAGGAGGUUUAUAGAGGAGGUGUGUGUUAGGAGGAGAUUUAUAGAGGAGGUGUGUGUUAGGAGGAGGUUUAUAGAGGAGGUGUGUGUUAGGAGGAGGUCGAUGGAGGAGGUGUGUGUUAGGAGGAGGUUUAUAGAGGAGGUGUGUGUUAGGAGGAGGUUUAUAGAGGAGGUGUGUGUUAGGAGGAGGUUUAUAGAGGAGGUGUGUGUUAGGAGGAGGUCUAUAGAGGAGGUGUGUGUUAGGAGGAGGUUUAUAGAGGAGGUGUGUUAGGAGGAGGUUUAUAGAGGAGGUGUGUGUUAGGAGGAGGUCUAUAGAGGAGGUGUGUGUUAGGAGGAGGUUUAUAGAGGAGGUGUGUUAGGAGGAGGUUUAUAGAGGAGGUGUGUUAGGAGGAGGUCGAUGGAGGAGGUGUGUGUUAGGAGGAGGUUUAUAGAGGAGGUGUGUGUUAGGAGGAGGUUUAUAGAGGAGGUGUGUGUUAGGAGGAGGUCUAUAGAGGAGGUGUGUGUUAGGAGGAGGUUUAUAGAGGAGGUGUGUGUUAGGAGGAGGUCUAUAGAGGAGGUGUGUGUUAGGAGGAGGUUUAUAGAGGAGGUGUGUGUUAGGAGGAGGUUUAUAGAGGAGGUGUGUUAGGAGGAGGUUUAUAGAGGAGGUGUGUGUUAGGAGGAGGUUUAUAGAGGAGGUGUGUUAGGAGGAGGUUUAUAGAGGAGGUGUGUUAGCAGGAGGUUUAUAGAGGAGGUGUGUUAGGAGGAGGUCGAUGGAGGAGGUGUGUGUUAGGAGGAGAUUUAUAGAGGAGGUGUGUGUUAGGAGGAGGUUUAUAGAGGAGGUGUGUGUUAGGAGGAGGUCGAUGGAGGAGGUGUGUGUUAGGAGGAGGUUUAUAGAGGAGGUGUGUGUUAGGAGGAGGUUUAUAGAGGAGGUGUGUGUUAGGAGGAGGUUUAUAGAGGAGGUGUGUGUUAGGAGGAGAUUUAUAGAGGAGGUGUGUGUUAGGAGGAGGUUUAUAGAGGAGGUGUGUGUUAGGAGGAGGUCGAUGGAGGAGGUGUGUGUUAGGAGGAGGUUUAUAGAGGAGGUGUGUGUUAGGAGGAGGUUUAUAGAGGAGGUGUGUGUUAGGAGGAGGUUUAUAGAGGAGGUGUGUGUUAGGAGGAGGUUUAUAGAGGAGGUGUGUGUUAGGAGGAGGUCUAUAGAGGAGGUGUGUGUUAGGAGGAGGUCUAUAGAGGAGGUGUGUGUUAGGAGGAGGUUUAUAGAGGAGGUGUGUGUUAGGAGGAGGUCGAUGGAGGAGGUGUGUGUUAGGAGGAGGUCGAUGGAGGAGGUGUGUGUUAGGAGGAGGUUUAUAGAGGAGGUGUGUGUUAGGAGGAGAUUUAUAGAGGAGGUGUGUGUUAGGAGGAGGUUUAUAGAGGAGGUGUGUGUUAGGAGGAGGUUUAUAGAGGAGGUGUGUGUUAGGAGGAGGUUUAUAGAGGAGGUGUGUGUUAGGAGGAGGUCGAUGGAGGAGGUGUGUGUUAGGAGGAGGUUUAUAGAGGAGGUGUGUGUUAGGAGGAGGUUUAUAGAGGAGGUGUGUGUUAGGAGGAGGUUUAUAGAGGAGGUGUGUGUUAGGAGGAGGUCUAUAGAGGAGGUGUGUGUUAGGAGGAGGUUUAUAGAGGAGGUGUGUGUUAGGAGGAGGUUUAUAGAGGAGGUGUGUGUUAGGAGGAGGUCUAUAGAGGAGGUGUGUGUUAGGAGGAGGUUUAUAGAGGAGGUGUGUGUUAGGAGGAGGUUUAUAGAGGAGGUGUGUGUUAGGAGGAGGUUUAUAGAGGAGGUGUGUGUUAGGAGGAGGUUUAUAGAGGAGGUGUGUGUUAGGAGGAGGUCUAUAGAGGAGGUGUGUGUUAGGAGGAGGUUUAUAGAGGAGGUGUGUGUUAGGAGGAGGUCUAUAGAGGAGGUGUGUGUUAGGAGGAGGUUUAUAGAGGAGGUGUGUGUUAGGAGGAGGUUUAUAGAGGAGGUGUGUGUUAGGAGGAGGUCUAUAGAGGAGGUGUGUGUUAGGAGGAGGUUUAUAGAGGAGGUGUGUGUGUCCAGGUGGAGUUUGGGUGGAUUUAGUGGUCGUUCUUUAAACUCCUGCUGCAGACGUAUUGAACAUGCAGACGUGUUUUUUUCACCUUUUGUUGAAUCCAGAAACAACUCGUGCAGUGGAAUGUUCUUGGAUUGUGACAGUGUCAGUGUUAGACACGGUAGGUACGGAAAGUAUUCAGACCCCUUGAAAUUUUUCACUCUCUGUUUCAUUGCAAAUUUGUCCACAUAACUCCCAUCCUCCAAUCCCUCCACUGGCUCCCCGUGCACCUCCGUAUUGAUUUUAAACGUCUUUUAUUUGUUUUUAAAUGUCUUCGUGGUCUGGCGUCCCUGUACUUGUGUGGUCUGCUGGCUCCACACAUCCCAUCUCGGUCACUGAGGUCAGCAGAUCAGGCUUUACUGGUGGUGCCAAAGACUAAAAAGAAAUCGAGAGGAGACUGUGCUUUUUCUGUUUCUGCUCCUUGAUUGUGGAAUGAGCUCCCACUACUUAUUAGAAUAGCAGACUCUCUCUCUACUUUUAAAAACACAUUUUUUUAACUUGGCGUAUGGCUCAGCUUAGAGCUGGCUUUUAUUGUACAACCUGUGUUUUGUGUCGUUUUUCUAUGCUCACACUAUUUUAUUUACAUUUUAUUCAUAUUUUUAUUUAUUUUAACAUGUACAGCACUUUGGUUGACAGUGUCAUUUUAAAGUGCUUUAGAAAUAAAGUUGAUUGAUUGAUUGACUGAUUCAUUGCAGCCAUUUGCCAAAGCAAAAAAGUUCAUUUUAUUUCUCAUUAAUGUACACUCAGCACCCCAUCUUGACAGAAAAAACAGAAAUGUAGAAAUUUCUGCAAAUGUAUUAAAAAAGAAAAACUGAAAUAUCACAUGGUCAAAAGUAUUCAGACUCUGUGCUCAGUAUUGAGUAGAAGCUCCUUUUCAGCUCGUACAGCCAUGAGUCUUCUUGGGAAUGACACAACAAGUUUUUCACACCUGGAUUUGGGGAUCCUCUGCCAUUCUUCCUCGCAGAUCCUCUCCAGUUCUGUCAGGUUGGAUGGUGAACGUUGGUGGACAGACAUUCUGAGGUCUCUCCAGAGAUGCUCCAUUGGGUUUAGGUCAGGGCUCUGGCUGGGCCAGUCAAGAACGGUCACAGAGUUGUUGUGAAGCCACUCCUUUGUUAUUUUAGCUGUGUGCUUAGGGUCAUUGUCCUGUUGAAAGGUGAACCUUCGGCCCAGUCUGAGGUCCUGAGCACUCUGGAAGAGGUUUUCCUCCAGGAUAUCUCUGUACUUGGCCGCAUUCAUCCUUCCUUCAAUUGCAACCAGUCGUCCUGUCCCUGCAGCUGAAAAACACCCCCCCCCCCCACAGCAUGAUGCUCCCACCACCAUGUUUCACUGUAGGGAUUGUAUUGGGCAGGUGAUGAGCAGUGCCUGCUUUUCUCCUCACAUACCGCUUAGAAUUAACAGCAGAAAGUUCAAUCUUGGUCUCAUCAGACCAGAGGAUCUUAUUUCUCAUAGUCUGGGAGUCCUUCAUGUGUUUUUUCAAAUUCUAUGCUUUCAUGUGUCUUGCACUGAGGAGAGGCUUCCGUCGGGCCACUCUGCCAUAAAGCCCCGACUGGUGGAGGGCUGCAGUGAUAGUUGACUUUGUGGAACUUUCUCCUAUCUCCCGACUGCAUCUCUGGAGCUCAGCCACAGUCAUCUUUGGGUUCUUCUUUACCUCUCUCACCAAGGCUCUUCUCCCACCAUUGCUCAGUUUGGCUGGACGGCCAGGUCUAGGAAGAGUUGUGGUCGUCCCAAACUUCUUCCAUUUGAGGCUUAUGGAGGCCACUGUGCUCUGAGGAACCUUGAGUGCUGCAGAAAUUCUUUUGUAACCUUGUCCAGAUCUGUGCCUUGCCACAAUUCUGUCUCUGAGCUCCUUGGGCAGUUCCUUCCACCUCAUGAUUCUCAUUUGCUCUGACAUGCACUGUGAGCUGUAAGGUCUUAUAUAGACAGGUGUGUGCCUUUCCUAAUCAAGUCCAAUCAGUUUAAUUAAAUUCUGUCAAAUUUGAACCGUUUUAUCUCAGUUUCUUUUCCUACAAUGGUUUAAAAUCAUCUCGUGCAUUAUGCCGAUUUGGAUAAAAACAAAACAUAUAUCAUCAUUUAUACCUGGAACUGCAGAGAGGUCCUUUAUAUCCCCACAGAAAACCACAGUUAAAUAUAAAUUAAAACACUCACACAGGUAACACUGAUGGUCUGGAGGUCUUUGAGAAGCCUUUUACCAAAUCUUCAGGUGGAAAAAACUCCAUAAAUACACUAAAUACAUCCAGGAGGAAGGAGACCUGAUAAUUAUUGCUGGCUUGAAGUGAUGCUGCAUUGUUGCAUUGGUACCAGACUGGAUCACUGAAUGGUGAAGGUUGUUGGUGUUUCCAGCUAAAUAUUUCUGUUUCUUAGACUUCCUGGUGUUUCUAGUGGUAAAUAAUUGUUUCUUACAGUCCUGCUGUCUUCCUGGUUCCUGGAGGUUCUUUGUGGUCCGUGCACUGACUCUCUGCCUCAUCAGUUAAGUGCUUGUCAAUUGACAUCAUCAAGGUGUUCCCAUUUGCUCUGUGAGUGUGUGUGUACGUGCACGGUGGCCGUUGCUAUCAGCAGGAUCAGAUUGGAUCGACCUGAAAAUGGCAUUUGUGCCGUCGCUGUGAUGGUGACGGCUCAAUACUGCAUCUGUCUAGUGGCAGCAUGAUGAGUGUUUAAAAGUCUGUAUAACUCCAUAGAAAUGUUUCUGUCUGUGUGCUCCUCGCUCCAUGGAGACGUGCACGUCCAUUCUGAUGACUAAACCUUUUACUAUGUAUUUCUGUCAUCAUGUGAAGUAUUUAGGUUUAGUGUUACCUUAUUAUCUAUCAGCAUUCUGAACCCUCUGAACCCCAAAACAUGCAAACAAGUUUAAAAAACACAUCAUACUGAAACAGAAUGAGAAUAUUAAUAAGCCAGAAACUGUAAAAACUAAGAGAAUCUCUGGAUUUAGUGUUUCUUUAACUAACCAUGUGUAGCAUGCAGCUCCAGCAGGAAAAUGAACCAAAUCUAACCUUAAAAUUGUGAUAUUUCAUCAAAACCUCUUUAUUCUACGCGUCUCACUCUAAAAAUAUCAAAUGUCUGCAAUAACAAAAUAAUAUAAAACCAAAGAGCCAUUCAGCUGAACUGCAGGUUCAGAACAAAAUAAAACAGUGGAGCAGUGAAAUAACGACAGCAGGACUCAGAAAAGGCUAAAAAAAGGAAAUGAUAGUUUAAAAUAAACAAUUGUGCUUCUUAGCGCUAAUGAAAAGCAAAAAAUGAAUCAGCUACAACCGACAGUCAUCCAACCCAAACUGAAGACUAUUUAAAAGAGCUGCAGACUGUUUUUAGAUAGAGCAGAUUAUCAGCGAUGGAGGAAAAUGUUUGAUCUGCAGAAUAAAUGAGGUAUACAGUCCACACGGUGAAACAUCCUUCUACAGCUGACCUACAGAGCAGAGGGAAAAAUGUAGAGUUUGUAGAAGCAGAAAAAAAUAAAAUAUUAAACCACAUUUAUUAUUUAACACCUGUGGACACAAAAAGGUGGUUCAUGUUGAUUCCAGUUUACUGUUUCAUUCUGUGUGCAGCAAAUAGUCAAAGAAAUUACACUCAUGUUUUAUUUCCUUUGUGAUUUAUGGAAUUCUGACUUUAUUAAACCAAACAAAAGACACUUUGGAGUUCAUUCUGCUUCCACAGAGGAGCAGAACUUUAGAUUACAAUUUAAUGAGGAAAAGUGUGACCAGAGCAAAACAAAACGUGUGUGGCCACUAAAAACAGCUAGACAUGUCCCAUACUGGCUUUUUUGCCGAUGACCAAUAUUGACGAUAUUUUCCACCUCUCAGUUUCUAAUCCUGAUAUCUGUGAGCUGUUUAACUAAUUCUAGGUAACAUCACGUAUCUCCUGUGGUCAAAUUAACACGUCAUGACUCGUUUUAUUGUGAUGCUCCAUUGAUGCUUUCAGAUGGAAACAUUGUCUGUAAAAUAAGAAAACUGCUUCAAGUUUAGGAACUAAUGACAUUUUUAUUUAUUUUACUUUAAUGGUCUCAAACAUCAGUUCUCCCUCCCUCUGUGAGUCUGUUACAGCGCUACUGUACAAAUCCACACAUUAUUUUAUCCGUUUUCAUGACCGGCAAAUAAACAAUAACCAUAUUGACUGAUAUCACAUUUUCAUUCCAAUAUCGGGCCGAUAUUUCAGGGGGCUGAUGACAUCGGACAUCCCUAACAGUGAGCAUUUCUGACUAUGAAACCCUGGGGUUUUCCUCCGUCCUUCAUGACAUUUAUCCUCUAUUAAAGUCUCUAAAAGUGUUUUAUUCUUGUG